UGUACUUUUCCCCCCCCUGCCCUCCACCUCCACUCCACCCCCGCUACAAAAGGUGAGAGGGAGGAGGAGCCUCUGCACUUAAGUUUUAUUAGUCCUUCUCAUCAGCCAUCAGAGCCCCUCUAUCUCCGGGUUUCUGUUAACGAGUAUUGUAUUUUAAUUAGGAGGGAGUGGUUCAGCUGGUGCGCGCAGUGGUAGCUCUCCUCAUCUUUGCCGCCUUGCCCAUUUGCUGGCGCAGUGACUGAGCUUCCUUGCAACCCCACUUGAGAAGAAACCAAUCCUCAAGCGCAAGGAGGCAAGGCAAAGCCUACUCAUAGGGGCUGCCGAGCUGAAGGAGCAAACCGGAGGAAAAGGCAGUAGUAGCUAGCUAGCAGCAACCACCAAAGAAGGGAGAAUCCUCCACCUUGCUCUUGGUGGAUGUUCUUCACUGCAUUGCCUUCAGCCACUCCGUCCUCCGCUUGCUUCUUGUUCGAGAGUGGUACCUGCUGCUGCUUCUUCUUCUUCCCUUUUUAUCUCUGAAAUCUUUUGCCACACAUCCAUCUGCUUGCUGCUGUGUGUCUGUCUGUCUGUCUGAUUCCUUAUUUCCUUCUCCUUCUCCCUCUCCCACCUACCCUCCCCAACCACACAUCACACCCACACACUGUAUGUUUACUGCCAUUGGUAAGAAAAUAAAGAAGGGGGGAGUCGAGUGAGCAGUGGGAGGUGCCCCCAGCUCGCCUCUCGGGUCUCGGCAAUUAUUGCCACCUUUGGAGUUUGGAGUCCUCCAAUAGGAGUCUCCUCCGUCGUCGUCCUGUUCCUGUGCUGUCUGCAACCACUGGCACUGCCCCGCCCCCUUCCCUCCUCUUCCUUGCCUUCCCUCGCCUCGUCCGCCUUUUUCUCGGAGGAGAGGAGGUGCUUGCUUCCAUCCAUCCAUCCGUGUCCUCCGCUCGCUUUAAAGCUUAACCCACCGCUCUGCCCGGCGGGCGGCCGAGCACCCAAGAACCCAGCCCCUUGUCUCGUCCCUUCCUUUCUUGCCGCUCCCGCCCGCUGCUCUUGGAUUCUUUAAUUGCAUGCUGUUGCUGUUGCUGCCGCCGCCGCCGCCGCCGCUGUGAUCUCUCUCUCUCUUUCCCGUCCUCCAAAGCUUUUUGGUUGCCAUCAACUUUGCUUUUGCUCUCUGGGCGAGCAGUACACAGCUGUUGUUCCGUCUCCAACGGCCUGCGCACGCAGCAGCAGCCAGCAGAGCAGAAAGGCCUCCCAAAAUCCACCAUUUCGGAGCCGGCCGCCACCAGCGACGGAGGUGCCUGCCUGCUUGGGUUGAGUCCCGAGGAGAGAGCUGCUACUCCCUGUGCAAGGAUCCCGACAACAGGCAGGCACGUACACGCGCGUCGGCCUGGGGACGGGCUGUCGCCAUGGACUGGGACGCCAAGAUGCUUCCUGCCUGGGACCUCGGCACGGUGGUCGGGCCCAGCAGCAGCGGGGGCGGCGCGCUGGACCUGAAGCUGGGCGCGCCGACGAGCUCGAGGGCGGUGCUCACGGCCGCCGCCGGUGCCGCGCCCGCGCUGCCGUCAGCGAACCCUCCUCCGCCCCCGCCUCCGCCGUCGUCGUCCGCGCCGGCGAAGCGGCCGCGCCCGGGGCUCGCGCGGCAGGCGGUGCCCGCGUGCUCCGUGCAGGGCUGCGACGCCGACCUGUCCCGGUGCCGCGACUACCACCGCCGCCACAAGGUCUGCGAGGCGCACUCCAAGACGCCCGUCGUCACCGUCGCCGGCCAGCAGCAGCGCUUCUGCCAGCAGUGCAGCAGGUUUCAUCUGCUCGGGGAGUUCGAUGAGGUGAAGCGGAGCUGCAGGAAGCGCCUCGAUGGACACAACCGCCGCCGCCGGAAGCCGCAGCCGGACCCUCUCAACCCCGCCGGCUUGUUUGGCAAUCACCACGGAGUGACAAGAUUCACGUCUUACCCGCAGCUCUUCGCGGCGUCCAUGGAACAGCCUAAAUGGUCGGUGGUCAAGACGGAGGCCGACGUGUUCCAAGACCAGUACUACCCGGCCGUCCACCUCAAUGGCGCUGGCGGCGGCGCCAUCGGCUCCCACUUCCACGGCAAGGAGCAGAAGCACUUCCCGUUCCUGACCAGCCACAGCAACGGCGGCGGCGGCGGCGACGUGGCGACCGCCGCGGCCCUGGGCUGCCAGCCAUUCACCAUCACCACCACGGCGUCCUCAGAGAGCGACAGCAAGCAGAGCAACGGCAACUGUGCUCUCUCUCUUCUGUCAGACAACCCGACAUCAGCACAGACGGCCAUGAUCCCUACUACCGCGCAGUCCCUCGCCGCGGCGAUGCAGUACGGCGGCAGACUCCCUGGCAGCGUCAGCGUCAGCGGCGGCGGCGGCGGCGACGUCUCCCUCACCGGGAUGUCGUACAUGAGGGUGGGAGACAGCAGGCAGGCGUCCAUUCUGACGGCGUCGUCACCCGGCCACGCUGCGGUCGCUUCCCCUGUCCCGGCCACCACCGCAGCCGCAACGCCGCCGCCGCCGCCGCAGCUGCUGCAGUACCACCAUGGCUAUGGCUACUACCAUGUGAGCGGCGGCGAGCAGGGCAACAACCCCGACGGCGCCGCCGUUCACGCCCUUCCCUUCUCGUCGUGGUAGACGAGCUCUCCUGAUGGAAUCAUGUGCGCUAGGCAAGCAGUUGCUCUCCUGUGGUUCACCAAACGUAUCGGUUGUAAUAGUAGGCUCGAUCAUACUGGAAACCGUGACAAGUUGUCCAUUUUCCAACUUAUCCUGAUAGGUCUAAUUUAUGGAAAUUCUUCCUAAGUUAUUAUGAUUCGGAACCGUGUAAAGAUUCCAAUCCUGUUUUGUUUGAGUUGGCAAUCCGCUUGCUCAUUAGAGCAUCUCCAACAGAAUGGGUAAAAGCUCCCCAAAACCAUUUUUAGCA